AUGUCCGAAAGUGAGCAUUCCGAAACUGUCAACCAGUUCGCCACUGUUGGUGAACAGGCUCAGGAAGUUGACUCUUCCAUCAACGAAACUGGUGCUGCUGAUGCUGAGGGCCACCCAGUUCAAGAGGUGGAGUCUUUGUGUAUGAACUGUCACAAGAAUGGAACUACCCGUAUGUUGUUGACCAGAAUUCCUUUCUUCCGUGAGAUCAUCAUCAUGUCAUUUGAGUGUCCCCACUGUGGACUCAAGAACAGUGAGAUUCAGCCUGCUGCUCAGAUUGCAGAGAAGGGUUCUCGUUAUGUUUUUAAAAUCGAGAACAAGGAAGAUUUUAACAGACAAGUGGUCAAGAGUGAGACCGCCACCUGCAUGUUCCCUGAGUUGGAGCUUGAAAUUCCUCCAGAAAGGGGCCUGCUUACCAACAUUGAAGGUUUGCUUUCUGAGAUGGUGGAGAACUUGCAGAGUGACCAGCCAGCCAGAAAGGAAUCUCAGCCUGAGAUUCACGACAAGAUCGCUGCCUUCAUUGAGAAGGUGCAGAAGUGUCUCAACGCCGAGGAGGGCUCAUUGCCAUUGACCUUCUACGUUGAUGAUCCAGCAGGAAACUCUUGGAUUGAGUACACUCCAGGCCAGCCUGGCCACAAGUGGUCCAUGUACGAGUACAACCGUACUGCCGAGCAGAAUGUGUUCCUCGGCUUGAUUUCCGCGGACGAGGUUGCCCAACACAAGCAACUUGAGCGUGAACAAAAGAAGGCUGCUACUGAUAACAAUGUGAGUUCCAACUUGGAGAACGACAACCCUAGAUCCACCGGUUUCACUUCCGAUAGCACUGAUAUCGAGAAUUUUGAGAACGAGGUGCAGACUUUUCACGCUACAUGUUCGUCUUGUUACAAGCCAUGCUCUACUCACAUGAAGACCGUCAACAUUCCUCACUUCAAGGACGUGAUCAUCAUGUCCACUGUGUGUGAGCACUGUGGUUUCAAGUCCAACGAGGUCAAGACCGGAGGUGAGAUUCCUCCCAAGGGUAGAAAAGUUACACUUAAGGUGACUGACCCAGAUGACUUGGCUAGAGACAUCUUGAAAUCCGAAACCUGUGGAAUGAAGAUCGCCGAGUUGAACUUGGACUUAACUCCAGGUACCUUGGGCGGUAGAUUCACCACCAUCGAAGGUUUGUUGGAUCAGGUUUAUGAGGAGUUGCAUACUAGAGUGUUCACCCAGACCUCCGACUCCAUGGAUGAGGAGACCAAGCAGAGAUGGUCGUCUUUCUUUGCCAAGUUGCAGGAUGCCGCUCAGGGUAAGAUUGGUUUCACCAUUGUCAUGGAGGACCCAUUAGCAUCGUCGUAUAUCCAGAACGUUUACGCUCCAGACAACGACCCCAACAUGAUCAUUGAGGAUUUCGAGAGAACUCACCAGCAGAAUGAGGACUUGGGAUUGAACGACAUGAAGGUUGAUUAA